CAUCUGUUGAAUGUACAUGUCGGCGGGCGGAGGGAGAGGAAGAGGUCAACUAAGCCGCGGACAGUGAAGGAAACGAGUGACCACGACAAGGAACCAUCCAGUGUGCACCAGUCACCUACUGAAAGUUAUGACAACCAUUGUGAUGGAGAGAAUCGGGCGAGUGUUCAUCAGCCUGCAGCAGAUCAGGCAGGUUCCCCAGAUGCUGACCAAUGCGGCUCCCUCCAUGCCCGGCACCAUUAGAGACACUGACGUCCCCUACUACUUUAGGGAGCGCUACGUCUGCACUGGCUACCGACCGCUCCACCAAAACUGGCGCUACUACUUCCUGUCCAUGUUCCAGCGCCACAAUGAGACCAUCAACAUCUGGACGCACCUGCUGGCGUUUUUAGUUUUCUUGGUGAAAUUUCGCCAACUCUCUGAGACGGUGGACUUCGUUGGAGAUGCUCACUCGUGGCCUUUGUUGAUCCUCAUCGUGUCCUCCUUGAUCUACUCGGCAUUCAGUGUAGCAGCUCACCUACUGGGUGGCAAGUCUGAGCUGUAUCACUAUACCUUCUUCUAUCUGGACUAUGUCGGGGUGGCGCAGUAUCAGUACGGCAGUGCUGUUGUUCACUUUUAUUACGCUAUAGAUGAGAGCUUGCACAGAUACGUGCACGGUAUCUUCAUGCCUGCUGCCACUAUCUUCAGCUGUCUGUCAUGCCUGGGGUGUUGUUACGGCAAAUAUCGUAACCACAACCUACCGACAUGGGUUCGCAAGGUGGGCCAAGUGGUGCCCUCAGCCGUCGCCUAUACCUGGGACAGCAGCCCCGUGGCUCUUAGACUCUUAUCCUGGUCUACAGCCAGCAACGACCCAGCCAUUAUCUACCACUUUGGCCAGGUAGCCUUCUUUCUCAGCUGUGCCUUCUUCUUCUCCUACCCCCUGCUAGAGCGCUGCUUCCCCGGACGGUGUGAUUUUGUAGGACAGAGUCAUCAGUUGUUCCACGUUUUUCUAUCCUGUUGCACCCUGUGUCAGAUCCACGCCUCGCACCUCGAUUUCUUGGGCCGUCGAGAGGUGUACUCACGUCUGCACGGGAGCGGUGACGCCGCCGUCUUCGUGGGACUGUACGGGGUCACUCUGGUUGUAUGUGCAAUGAUUGUUACCUUCAUGUUGAGGAAAGCUAAAAAAGUGAUAGAUCCCAAACACAAGUCCAAAUGAUAGUCAGGAUGUUACAGAAACUACGUGCCUUUUCCUUCCCGACUUACUGCUUUGAUAGAAAGGGAACUAAUUAUCUAGUAUUAUGUACACAAGCACUGAAAUAGAAACAUUUCCUAGCAUUACAUGCCAGAGGGAUACAUAAUGAUAUUUGAAAUUAGCAUUUUGAUGCUCAUAUUUAUUAGAAUCUUUGGAACAAUUCAUAGUACCACAAUGAAUGUAUCAGCUGGAAAACACAUUAACAUAACCAAUCACAUUCUGAUCAAAAUCAGGUUCUCGCAAUUUGCAAAGACUAUCGAAACUUAUAUAUGACCGCUGACAGUAUUUUGUCAUUUAUAGGUGUCACUGCUGUUCAUGAUAAAAAUAGAUGUGGUUGGAUUCGUUUCAUUAUCAGGUUGAUGGGAUUUUGGGUUGCAGUUAUGCUUAGACUGUUUAAACUGUGGGCAUAUUUCACUCAAGCAAAUUUUUCGAUUUAGAUUCGGAAAAAAAAAAAAAAGAAUUAAAUGGUUUAAAGGCGACAACACUGAUGACAGCUUGCCGAAGAGUGGUAACAUUUCUCCUUCCUAAAUAAAGUACAGACAACUUGAUAUAGUGUCAUUUAAACAAUCUACCUUUUUGCAGUGCAAUACCAUGCAGAGCCUUUGUCGUUGUGCCUUGAAAAAUCAUUGUUUGCACGUUUUAAAUGGGUGUUGAUUGAGUAUUGCCUUCUAUUUUAAAAUGAGACUUUUUACUUUUCUGAUGCCUUAAAUGUCAUCAGAUAAUGACAGAAUGUGUUGGUUCUUCAGAAGCUAAUCCCUUUGGAUUCAUGUAGCUGUUUUCAUGUUUUUGUAGACUUAAAGUGCAGGAUGGUAUUUUUCAUCACUAGCCUGAGAAUCUUUUCUUUUGUCGUUGUUGUACUAAUGUACACUCAAUUUCACAGCUCUUUUAGAUCAAAUUUAAUGUAGUGCCUUUACAAUAUUUAAAGGUGCACUAUAUGGCAUUCAGUCCCGCUAGCUGAAUGUUGUGUAUUGCAUUUUAAAGAAAGCUGGGUAUGUCUAUAAGGGAUUUAGUAUAUCAUGAAAGUCUUAAUUUUAUAAUCUUAUGAAUGUCUUAAUUUAGACAUAGAGUAUAUACAGUAUACAUUGACUGUUGUGUGUUAUAUAUAUAUAUUAGGUUGUCAGCAAUCACUGAAUUGUGUCUUGUUGGAAAUCUUGUUCAUGCCUUUUGAGUGAUAAGGGAAAAGUGAAUGUGGGUGUAAUUAAAUGUAAAGGUACUAUGAUUGUCUUUGGGAGAUACUAAUGUCUACUACUGACCAACGUGUUAAAACAGUGGGAAUGAGUUAAAGAAACAUUUCUUGGAGGCAGAAAUGUAUAUCUAUAUUUUUUGUUAAACCGCAUCCUAUCUGAGGACGUCUACCUUUGUUACUGCGUUAAAUAUGGUCGGCUAUAAAACAUCACAUUUGUAUGAAAACCACUUUGAGGAUCCAGAUAUAUUGACCUUUGAACACCGUGUAAGGAACAUCGUGAUGCAACAUGUUAUCUUGGUGUUAUCUUUAAAUAUAAUAUCCACGUAGUCGACUUCCAUGCUGAUAUGAUACAGUAUAAUAGGGCAAACUGUAUUUUCAAUGAUAACAGUCACAAGUCAAAGUUAAACCUCCUCUAUAAUGUGUGAUCUAACGUUACACUCUGCCUCUGAGUCAUGUUUGAUUAACUAGAACUCCAACUGGGAAAUGAAACUUGUCUUGUUUUUAUAUUGUUAUGAAACUGCUGCAGAUUUCCCUUCUCUUAAUGCACUUUUUUCUGGACAUCAUGUGUAAUCUGCAAUCCGUUUUUUUCUUGUCAUUGCCUUUUUUUUUUUUUAGAUAUACAGUAGACCUUUUUUCUGUUAUUCCUUUCUACUGUCAGCAAAACAACAGCUGCUCCAAGUGUUGGAGAAAGAGAUGACAGGAUAUUGAUUGUAAUAGUUAUUAGCAUAACAAUGUAUGGUAUCAUUCCAACCAUAAAAAAGAAAA